UUUUAUUGUGGCUGUGAAUUGCUAGACGAUACCAUCUUGUAUUUAAAAUGGCGACUAACAGUGACGAAUACGCUCUUAAUUUGGCCACCUACAAGGCUCAAUUGCAGCAGGUGGAAGCAGCCUUGACAAAUGAUCCAGAUAAUGAGGAACUAUUAAAACUAAAGCAUGAUUUAGGGGAAGUGAUAGAACUGACAUCUGAUCUUCUGAGUGCAUCACAAGGAGCAAGUACAUCAUCAGCUGAAGCAGAAGUAGAAGAUACUGUCUCACAUCCAUGGAAUGUAGGAGAUAGAUGCUUAGCAUGCUGGAGCAAGGAACAGCAGUAUUACCCAGCGACAAUAGACAAGAUCCAUGAUGAAAUCACAGCCACUGUUAUCUUUGAUGUUUAUGAAAAUGUGGAAGUUAAACAGUUAUCCAAAUUGAAAGACAUACCACCAGACUACAAGUCUAAUAUAAAACCUCCAUCAGCAGACUCGGCUAUAUCAAAGAAGCAGUUGCUUGCCAAACAGAGAGAAUACAAGAAGAAGAAGCAGCAGAAGAAGGCUGAUAGAAUGAAACAACAGGAACAACUUCAUGAAGAUCAGAAGAAGUCAUGGUUGAACUUUAGCAGUAAGGCAACAAAAGGAAAGAAAGGCUUCACAAAGAAGAGCAUCUUUGCUUCUCCGGAUGUCACUGAUGGUAAAGUGGGUGUCGGCACUUGUGGAGUCGGAGGUCAACCAAUGACAAAGUUUAAAAUGCCAAAACACAAUGUUGUGAGAAAAUGAUGAAUGUCAGAGACAAAGAAUGAUGGACUGAAGGUUUGAUAGCAGGAUGACAAGAAAGUGGAAUGAUGGAUAGAAGGAAAGAAGGUCAUAGUUUGGAAAGAAUGGAAUUAGGUAUGAAGAUGAAUCAAAGGAGAUGCUUUAGAGAGGUAAGAGAACAAGACCAGUUCACAUGAUGAACUUCAGGAAAGAGGUAAUGUUCACACGGUGAAUAGAAGGAAGGAGGCCAGGCUACGAGAAAGCAAUA